UACCACAUCUCGACACCGUACCCGUACCCGCCAUACCCGUGACCCCCAUACCCGCGGUGUGGCCCAUACCCGUGCUAUACCCUAAUGCUUUCCCACUGCGGCGCUAAGCCUUUCCUUCCGCAUCGAGCAGGAAGCAGGGUAGCGAAGGAUCUAGAAUGGUGGGCUAGACUACUUCAGCCCGGUGGCGUAAAACGAGCAAUUUACCCAUCUAUCAAACUCGAAAAUCCUCUCGCAUUCUCAGACGCAAGCUCAGGAAUUGGAAUAGGCAUCGUAAUAGGCAACUACUGGAGGGCCUGGAGGUUAAUCCCAGGGUGGAAAACACACAAUGGUCAAUGAGACAUCGGAUGGGCGGAGGCAGUGGCUUUCGAACUCCUCGUAUACACUCUCACCUCUCUGCCUGGCAUUGGCAGGCACGUCGUCGUCCAUGGAGACAACACAGGCGUCGUUGAAGGAUGGUGGAAACGGAGACACAGAAACCAAGAAGUCAACGAAGUCUUUCGUAGAAUCAACAAGUUUAUUCACACUCUACCCUACCCUUGCGACGUCGUCACUACAUACGUCCCAAGCGCUUCCAACCCAGCAGAUGAACCAUCCAGAGGAAUAUACAGACCAGCAAGCCUUCUUCUUCCCCCAAUCAGCCUUCCAACAGAGCUUAGUACCUUCCUCAUCGACGCUACAGAACCACUGUCUGCCGCAGAACUCCGCCUCCUGCGCGAUGGCCAUUACUUCGCUCCAGCAGCUAAAGUUAUCAACCGCGAGCUGCUUAGACAGCAAGCAGCUGAGCGAGCAAGAGAAAGCCGUUCCGAAGAAGAAAGUUUCAUCAGCAGUGCGCUCAACGACGAUGAAACAUAAGAACUCACGAUUCGGAGCACCGCUACCAAAUGUAACAGAUACUUCCCCCUCCCCCAUUCCCCAGAACUAUAGACUUAAUUUGACACCCAAACCUUCCACCCUGCGCCCCCAUUGUCUUGCGCGAGACCGAUUAAGACUGUGGUUACCAGCGGGAGAUAGUACGAGACAAGAGAUAGCGGUAACCUCACAGUCUCCUAGACACGAAAUUUCGGAGGCGCAGUUAGAACGAAUCCUUGACGUCAUCGGGUCGUCCUGGGCGCAAUCGACAAAAGAAACAUAUGGGGCAGGUUUGCUGGUGUUCCAUGUGUUCUGCGACACAAACAGCAUCGCGGAAGAGCACAGAUGUCCGGUUGCACGCAGUCUCCUUCUCGAUUUUCUCUGCAGUUGUGCAGGAUCCUACUCCGGAUCAUCGUUAGCUAACUACGCGGCGGGUCUAAAAGCCUGGCACUUACUUCAUGGAAGGAAUUGGUUGAUCCCACCCAAUGAGUUGAAAGCAGUGCUAGAUGGAGCUGCGGCUGCAGCACCUGAGUCGUCCAAGCGUCCCAAACGGCUACCAUUCACGCCCGCUUACUUAUCCAUCAUUCGCGACCACCUAGGCCUCAAUUCACCGCUAGAUGCGGCCAUUUUCGCGUGCUUGACGACGACCUUCUAUGCAAUAGCAAGGUUAGGGGAGUUCACGGUAAACGCAAUCAAAGAAUUCGAUCCGAAGAAACACAUAACGAGAUCCGGCGUAUCCAAAGCAGCAGACCGCAACGGUCUGCCAGUUACAAAAUUCCACCUACCAAGCACUAAGUGUUCUCCAAACGAAGGAGAGGAAGCAUAUUGGGCAAUGCAGGAAGGGCCGUCGGACCCGAGCGCUGCGUUGGAAAAUCACUUGAGAAUCAAUCCAGCAAACGGUGAUGCGCACCUGUUCGCGUGGAAACACGCCAAAGGACUGCCAUCAGCAACAGCGGCAGCAAACCUACCAGAACUAAAAGGACACGGACUUAGGAUUGGGGGAACGCUAGAAUACCUUCUGCGCGGAGUGCCUUUCGAAGUCGUGAAAACGAUGGGAAGGUGGUCUAGCGAAGCGUUCACACUAUAUCUCAGAGAGCAUGCCGUAAUUCUCGCACCUUACAUUCAGGCCUCACCAGUACUGGAACCUUUCACGCGAUACACAAUCCCCCCAGUCUGGUGAAAAGAAGCACUUCUCCUAGUUGAAAGGGCCCCAAGCUUCGCUGAGUGCGUCGUAGUUCUCCUAAUACAUGGGAACACAGCUCACCUGGCGCCUGAGGCACGGACCCAUGUUUCGGGCUGGAAAGCCCCUGCGGGGCUUUCGCCCAAAACAAACAAACAAGCAAACUAACAAACGCAUCCAACGAAGUCCCAUUACAUUCGUAGUUUUCAUUAGAAAGAGGAUACCGAGUCCAUAGAUCGAAACCUAGAAAGUAGAAUGAGUUUGUACAAAUACAAACAAAGACACCAAGCUACGAAAAGCGCAUAGACACUAUGAAACAGUGCCU